GCAUUGGGGUUAAAGCUGCAGCAUGUUCUGGGUUAGAGCUUUUAUUGUGAAGCCCUGACAUGCAGCUUCCGGCAUGGUGUGUAUUUGUGGAACCCAGAAGCUUGAAGCGGCCGAGCUGCUGUUUCCAACCAUUAAUGAGCAUCGUCGAAACAUGAAGCGGGUCGGGGCAUGAACAUGGCCCACAACAGAAGCUUCUUCCUCCAAGCCCUGAAUAGAUCUGAGAGCAGGAGAGAUGGAGGCUUCAAGAACAGCUGGAGCUUCUCGCUUCCUGGUGGCGCCGAGGCGGAGACCCGACACCAGGCGAGCGCGGUGAGCGAGGAGGAGAUGGAGCGGCAGCAGCUGACCCCCCCGGAGGAGAAGAAGUCUCCUUCGUUAAAGCACUACAGUUCCCCCGACCCACUGAGGACACACGGAAACCGACCCAGCAGCCACAUGCGGUCCCUGACCCGGCUGACCCCCCGAAGGUUCAGCGACGUGACGCUGCCGGUACCGGCGCCGUCCUCCACCAGAACCGACCUGAACCUGAUCUUCACCUCGGCGCUGGCUCCCGGGAUCGUCCUGCAGGGUCGCCACUUCCAGCACGCCCAGGUGCCGUCGGCCGCCAGGAAGGCGGGUCAAAGAAACAACUUCUCGUCCACACAGCCGGCCGUGGAAGUGGACAGCAUCGUCCUCACCUGCCCGGAGUCUCCAGAAGAAGAAACGCUGAGCAUCAAGCGGCGCGUCCAGCAGAGGAGGAAACCGCUGGAGGACGUCGGCUUCUCUCCGCAGCUCCAGGGCCCAGAGCCGGUUCGACCCGCCGUCUAUCACUCCGUGUGUCUGAAGUGUCGCCAGCCCAGUGAGCUCGGCAGCAGCUGCUCCGCCUGCGGCGAGUCCCUGGCGCCGCCCCCGGGACCCCCGACCCCGGGACCCCCGACCCCGGGAGCCCCGACCCCGGGACCCCCGACCCCGGGACCUCUGGCGGGGCCGCAGCCUGCCCCGUCCCCCGCCCCGCGUCCCGCCAUCCGGUCCCAGAACCCUGCCGGACCCGUCGGGAUCCAGCGGAACUUCUACAAACCCGGCGCCGCCAUGCCGGUGCGCGUCUCGGCCAGCAGGGCGGCGCCGCAGAGCAACGGCAGGAUCCCGUUGCUCGCCGGGACGUCCGGCUGCUGCAGAGCCAAAGGGAAGCGGGCGGCGGGGCAGCCGCCGGAGCUCAACGACCCCAUCGUCCUGUCCAGUGACGAGGAGGAGGCGGAGACGGGCAGCACCGGAAGCGUGAACCGAUUGGACAACGUCUCGCCUCGACCCGCUGACUCCGCCCACUCCUCUCCGGCGCCCUCCGGAGGCCGAGUGGAGGCGGCGGUGAAGAGCGCCGCCGAGCAGGAGGAGCUGAACGCCGACUUCUUCGAAGACGUCAACACGAAGAUCACGAUCCCACGCCGAGCCCGCAUGAAGGACCAGUUUGGGAAUCAGCCUCCAGUCGAGUCGCUGACGCCGCGGAGGAAGAAGCCCAAAAUGGCGCCUACCAAGUGUGACAGCAUCAUCCUGGAGUGCCGCAGCGUUCGGAUCGGGAGUUUGAGGCGGAUGGUGACGAAGCCCGUCAUUUUUUCUGUGGAGAGCAUCCAGGUGGAAGCUGAAGGUGCGGAGCCCGGCUCUGUGGAAGACGUUUACCUGCAGACGUCGGAGCUGCUGCGCUGCGAGUGGUGCAGCGUCCGGAAGCUUCCCGUUCUGUUUUUCCAGACGACGGCGGACGAGUGCGUGCGUCUUCGCUCGCAGCUCAACAUGUCGCAGGAGCGGGGGGGCCAGUGGUACGACUGCGCCGCAGAGCACGUGGAUGAGAAGUACAUCGUGCUGAUCUUCGAGAACGGCCUGGUGCUGAAGGAGCAGAUGAUCCUGGAGGACAUCCUGACCGCCAUCGGCCGCAGCAACAAACUCAGCGGCUUCCCCACCAAGCUGACCUUCGAUGAGGCCAACAUCCGCCUGGUCAACUACAACAAGGCGUCCAGCCAGAAGGUCGACAAGGUGCAGCUGGAGCAGCCGCCCUCCAAAGCGCCCCCUGCUGGCGGGAUGUCGACUCGCACGCGGAUGGCGACGCGCCAGCAGAGCGCCGGGUUCUUCGAUGAAGACGAGGAAAUGACGGACCUGCAGCCGACCUUCUCUGGGCCGGUCGUGAAGCUCAUGGUGUACCCCCCGCCUCCAGCCAAAGGCGGCAUCUCCGUCACUAACGAAGACCUGCACUGCCUAAACGACGGCGAGUUCCUGAACGACGUCAUCAUCGACUUUUAUUUAAAAUAUUUAGUUUUGGAAAGAUUAAAAAAAGAAGAUGCACAAAGGAUCCACGUCUUCAGCUCGUUUUUCUACAAGCGGCUGAAUCAGCGAGAGCGGCGCAGCGGCCCGGACACCCUCAACCUUCCGAUCCAGAAGAGGAAGCACAACAGGGUGAAAACGUGGACGCGGCAUGUGGAUCUGUUCCAGAAGGACUUCAUCUUUGUUCCCAUCAAUGAGUCGGCCCACUGGUACCUGGCGGUCAUAUGCUUCCCGGGCCUGCACGGGCCGGUCCUGGAGAAGAACCCCAUGUACCUGGACCCGCCGGCGGCCUGUGGGUCGCCCGCCGGGUCACCGGCCGGGCCGCCCGCCGAGGAGAACAUCCCGGACCACUGCCGGCCGCUGUCCCCGGACGGCCUGGACUGCUCGUCCGAGGAGCCGUCCCCCGCCGUCCCGGAGGAGGCCGACUGCGACCCCAACGAGGCGGGCCGGAACCCGCCAGGACCGGGCCGGGCUGACGCCGAGCUGCAGUUCAGCAGCGAGCUGCACCGGAUCAGCGUCUGUUACGGUUCCGGAAACGGAGACGACGCCUACGCCUUCUCUGACGACCAGAGCUCCGGCCAGGAAGAGUGCAGCGACGACGGGAACAUGGCUGACGACGCCGCCGCCUCCGAGACCAGCUUGGCCUCCAAACCCGUCAUCUGCAAACAGCCUUGUAUCCUCAUCAUGGACUCCCUGCGCGGCCCGGCCCGGUCCAACGUGGUGAAGACUCUCAGAGAGUACCUGGAGGUGGAGUGGGAGGUGCGGAAAACGUGGCGGCGGGGUUUUGGGAAGGAGGUGAUGAAGGGCUCCAGCCCCCGCGUGCCGCAGCAGGAUAACUUAGACUGCGGCGUCUACGUGCUGCAGUACGUGGAGAGCUUCUUCGAGAACCCCAUCCCCAGCUUCCACCUGCCCAUCAACUUGUCUGACUGGUUCCCCCAGCAGCGGAUGAAGACGAAGCGCGAGGAGAUCAAGGAGCUCAUCCUAAAGAUCAAAGGUCAACAGGAAGUGGACAGGAAGGAGUCGGGCUGGGCCGAGGAGCCGCCUGGUUCCCCCGAGGAGGUCAAGGAAACGCCGGGACCAGACCCCUGAUAGUCCCGUCUCCUUGGAGACGACCCUGGAUUGCCUGCCUUCGUUAAAAACACAUCAGACUUGAAAUUUGUACCGAGUGAGACAUCACAUGUAAAUACGCUGCCUUUGUAACUUCCUGUUUAGGACUCAUCCGUGGAGCGUUAAGUUAUGGAUUCAUACGUGUCUCGUCCUGCGGGAGGCGCAGUUCUGCUCUUGCAUCGUCAUUUUUUAAUCUCGCGUUGUUUAGAGGACCUGAUGACAAUAAACAGAAACCUGUGAGUUCGGAGUGCGCCCCCUGGCGGACAGGAGGCGCCGUAGUUAGGAGCUUGUUGUGUCUGGAUGAAUCAACAUUAAAAACAAACUGAUGCAAGAGCAAAUGCGAA